CUAACACCGCCAACUGUAAGCUCUAUUCGCUGGGGAACGUCAGCCUCAGUCGCGUCCAGGCCUUCCUCUUCUGUACAUUUUCCAGCGUCAUUCCAUCAUUAGAGCAGUAUUUGAUAAGUCGCUCGCUUUCACCAUUGAACCAGUCGAGCAUUGUCGAUUGAGUGUCCAUUGACCCACCGACGAAGAUAUAUUAUCCGAUCAACAGCAAACAUCCAUUCCCAUUGCGGGCCUGAGCGCACCGAGUGCUGCUACCCGUGGCCUCCCUUGGAUUCAGUUCAGAGUUCAGAGACAAUCUUGAAUCAGCUUAGUGCCCGCCAUGGCGCCCCAAUCUGCCCACGCGGUGCCCCCGACACUCCCGCCCUCUGUGGAAGAAGCCUAUCGUCGGAAAUGCGUCCAGCUCAAAAGUCGCACCAAGGAAGUCGAAGAGGCCAACGACGCCGCGCGCCUCCGCCUCGCCCGCUCGAAGCGCCAGAUCGAACGUCUCCGCAUCGAACGCGCCUUUCUGCUUGAGCAGCUUGCCAAGCGCACGAGCACCAAUGUCGAAGACUCGGAGGGAAGCCCCAGUCCACCACCCACGCCAAAAGAGAAGCCACUCCGUAUGAAGCGCGGCAAUCGCAAAGCAGGCGAGGACGACGAAGCAAUCGCCUACCGCUGGGAUGCGACCACGGCAGCGCCCGAAGAGAUCCAGGCUUUCGAGAAAUACGUCGACGCGAACCGUGCCUCGGAAGGCGCUGAGCCAGAAACAGAGGAGAAGCUGAUCAAGACAUGGGAGGAGGACUCGGCAAUGAGAAAUAAGCUCGUGGAGGAGGUUUUGGCCAAGCGCAAGGCGACAGAUGUCGAAGAAGGCCAGUCCCAGGCUGAGGAGCAGUCCAAAGAGCCCGAUGUGAAGUCGGAGUCGCAGAUCGCCGCGGACAGGGCUGAGAAAGAAGCGUCUGAAGCUGCGGCAGAAGUCGGCAAGACCGAGGCUGAGGCUAAAGACGAGGACAUUGAGAUGGCGGAUGACGAUGCGAGCGCGAGGAGAUCACAAGACGCAGGGGCCGAAUAAUGUGACAAAAGCCUGGAGCAGGCAGGGAGUGUGGAGGGAGAUGGAAUUGGUCUUGACCACGGGUGAUUGGGAUCAAAAUGUUCAUUAUUUGCGAGGCGUUUAUGGUGGUUACAGACAUUUGACACA